AUGCCCCUUUGGAAGGAGGCGCUCUGUGCGUGGGCCGUUCUUUCAAUCGCUGGUCAGCGAAAAAAAAAAAGAAAAAUAAAAACAUCCCGAAGAAGCGGCGUAAGAUCCAACCGCCAGCCCUCCCACUUUGCGACCAACCAAGAAGGGGAAAGUCAAGAUGAAGCCAACAUACUAGACAGCUCGUAUGUCUACCACACCCCCGUGCUGGCUGACGAAGUGGUACGCUACCUUAGGGGUGACCCCCCCGGAGAGGACACCACGGAAGAGGGCCCGGUAGAAGUACACCGCGCAGAAGAGGGCCACUCAGAAGGACACCACGCAGGAGGACACCCCACAGAUGGAGUAGAAUCACAGGGGGAAAGGAAAAAUGGAAAGAGCCCAAACGGGGGGACGCAACAAAGGGGUGCUUUUACCACGCCCCUUUCGUCUACAUCUCUCUCACGACUCCCCCCAAGGGAGAAUCCCCCAGUUGAGUACUUCAUCGAUGCGACACUGGGAGGUGGCGGACACACUCUGGAGAUGUUAAAAAAAUUGGCACCAACAAGCAAAGUGAUCGCCAUAGACAAGGAUAUAGAAUCCAUUUAUUACAACCAACAGAAGCUGCAACGUUAUGUAGAUGCGAACAAGCUGACCAUGAUACAUGGCGACUACAGAUACAUCAUUCACCUCCUGCACAGGUAUGGCCUUCCCCUGUUUGGCAGCUACAGUGGCAUUCUACUCGACCUGGGUGCAUCCACGCACCAGCUGAGGUGUGGGAGGAGGGGGUUCAGUUACAAGCACAACGGCCUCCUUGACAUGAGCAUGGACAGGUACACCGACGAGGAGUACGCCCGGAUGUGCAGGGAGGGUGCGGAACGCGGGGGGAGCGGUUCGAACGGGGGUUUCCAGGUUAAGCAGGCCAACCGGGCGAACCCCCAAACCGAGCCGCCUAAACGAAUCGGCGAAAUCCUCAACACGUACAGCCCCCAACAGCUGAGGCACAUCAUGCACACCUACGGUCAGGAAAAAAAGGCGUCUAAAAUUGCCAAAAAAAUUGCACAAUGGAGGAAAAGCAGAGGAACUAUCACAACCACGCAUCAACUGAGAGACAUCGUUCUUUCCACAUGCAAACAAAAUUACAAAGCAAACCAAAAAGUGCUGUCCAGGGUGUUUCAGUCAUUUCGAAUCUACGUGAACGAUGAAAUGAAGGCCUUAAAGGAGUUUUUAUUAUCAAGCUAUAAAUUGUUAAGGGCAAGAAAAAGGCUCGUCGUUAUUUCGUACCAUUCACUGGAAUACCAGUGCGUGGAGAGGUUUGUUCACAGCAGGAAAAACUUAUGGGAAAAAAUUAACGACGUCGAUAUAACCCCCAGCGAGGGGGAGUUAAAGGCCAACAAGUCUGCGCGCUCCGCCAAAAUGUCCGUUUUUGAGAAAGUUUAGCUGCCCAUAUGAGGGGUGUGGGCUGAAAGACAUCUUCUUAUGCUACUCUCCGCACCUACAUGGUGUGUAAAUCCGUUUGGCUCGUUUGCUCAUCCCCAGGGAUGCGUCGCUUAUUAUCAUAUAUAUUAUAUAUAUAUAUAUUUUUUUUUUUUUUUUUUUGUCCGUUUAACACGCUGGGGAGUGCUUUACUCAGUGGUAGUUACACACACACGGCAAACUCAAACGAGAAGGUGUGACCAUCUGCACUUUGUUCACCUGUCCAUGUUAUCUGUUCUGGCAAGGUGGGGUGCGUCUCCCCCGCAUGCACACAAAUACAUAGAAAAACCCAUGCAUGUGUUGAGAAACGCUGUCCGCUGUAACAGGAAAACGGUACAUAUGCGGCACGAUAUUUUCCCUCUUUUUUUUUUUUCUCUUUAACUUUACAAAAAAAGCAAAGCUGGCAAGUUAUCUAUCCCAUUUGCUCGGCUAGGACAGUGUGGUCACCUCUUAUAUGCAGGCGCCUGCCUGUUUCUUCUUAUCCUUCCGCCGUAGCCAGUUUUCCGCCUGAUGUAUUCUGUUCCGUUCAUAAUUUUCCUUUUCCGAUCGGAGAAGCAUCGCACUUGCGCCUGUUUUGCGAGGGGGGUAUGGGAAGAAGGGGCACAGCGUGUGAAAGGAGGGAGGCAGUUCGCUCAGAGGCAGUUCGCCGUGAGGCAGUUCACACGUGAGGAAUUGCAAAACGUGAGCUCAGAGUCACCCUUGCUAAGCCGCACAGCGAGUGGCCCAAAUGACUGACAUGCAGAGCAUCCUCCACUAUGCCGCUCUCCUGUAAACCUUACCAAAAGUUUUGGCACAUUGGCCAUUUUUACGAUCAUGCUGAUACCGUUCAUGUUGUACAUCAGAAGGGGGGGAAAGGAUGAACAAUUAAAGCGAGCGCGUGAAAAGCUACAACGCUGCAAAUGCGCAAAGGAGGUAUUCACCCGUUUGGAAGAAUUCCACUCGUUCUUAUGAAGGGGAAGCUAUCAAAGUAACGUGCGACAGUCUGCUUUUCCCUUUUAGCCGAUGUAGGGCAAGUUUCUGCCUGCCUGUGUCCUUGCCCGACGAGAAGUGGGUCCCCCCAGUUGGCCGAAAAGUGUUUGAGGAAGAUGCGCGAGAGUUUAAAAUGGUCGCUUGUUCAACUGUUCAAACGUUCACUUGUUCACUUGCUCACCUGUUUGGCUUCCCCUCCAUUUACAAAACGAACGGCGAGCGUGAGGAUGCUUGCCUUUCCCGCAGCUCCAAACAUGUAUGUGCAUAUCUUCUGACCGUUCAU